CAGCUACUACCUUAAACAGAAAAAAGAUAUUUAGUGCCGUUGUUACUGACGGACGACAACCCGUGGUAAAAGUGAAAGCAGUUCUGUUUCAUUCCCUGUCUUGAUACUUGUGUAAACAGAAGCUUCUACUACUUCACCUUCAACAGCAGUUCCUCGGAAUUUGGAACUUGAAAUCAUUGCGAACAGUGCACUUGGAUGCCUUCACGAACUCCAAAACAGCAACAGCAGCAUCUUCAGAAUCAUUGUCAUCAAUACCCUCUCAUAGUCAAGCCAACAUCCAGAAUGCUGUACGAAUCCGUUGACAACUACCAUUCCAUGGGUUUCAUGGACAACAGUGUCCGGCUGAAUAACCCGAGAGACCUGAACGACUUUUCAUCACAGUCGAUCGUCUGUGCCAUGGAUCGUUUCGUCAAGGCCGUGAAUAACAUGAAUGAGACCAUCAUGGUUCCAUGCAGACUUCUCGACAUGGAAGUGGUGGCACAGAAGCCCUCCUCGAAGGUCCCCAAACUCCUGAAGAACGGCGGCGACCCCUACAGCUACUACUCGCUCCUGAACUCCGUCAAGAACGACCUCAUCCUGGGAGCGAGUUCCAACGACGAGGACACCACCACAACGGACAGGACCCCGAUGAUGCUGCCCUCGAUCAACAGCACCCGGUGGACUGACGAAGGCGAAACGAGAGACGAGGCCAAGAAGGAAGCCUUGAGGCGACAGAGCACGAUGUCCCUGGCUUCGGACUCCUCCUCCAACACCUCGGAGAUGGACAGCGUCGCGGAGACCUGCUCGGAAAGCGCAGAAGACGACGACAGGAGUUCGGAAGGGGAGGAGAACACCCUGGUCGCAAACAACGUCACGCAGGCUCUUCACUCCCACCUCGUGGGGCUGCACGCUUGUCUCAAAAACCUGACCGACACUGCCACCUACAUCACAGAUUGCUACAAAGAGUCGGUCAAUCUAUAGUUCAAACACACCGCCCGUUCGUUGUUCCCCCACAUCUACCCACCCACCCACCCUCCCCCACAUGAUAAUCACAUCCCA